AUGGCUCGUCAUGACAUUCACCUCCUCUUUGUUCUCAAGCAUUGGCGAGAAAAUUGCCACUACACAAUCUCUGUCAAAACAGGAUCAAGACAUGACUCCGGCACAGAUGCGGUCAUAGGGAUUGUACUGGCCGACAAAUCCGGAAAGUACAACGAAAUUAAAAACCUAGUGAGUUGGGGUGGGAAUAUGGAACCAGGUCGCGACUACUUCGAGAACGAUUAUCUGGACAUUUUCACUGGGACGGAGCAGUGUCCUCCGACCACAAUAUGUUUUAUGACUCUGAACUCUGACGGCUCCGCCACAAGCCCGGUUGGUAUGCUGCGUACGUGGAUGUGA